CAGAUUGACUGGAGUUCAGAGGUCUCUUCUAGUCUACUGAAUACUUCCACUUUAAGAAGGCGGCUCCGUCGCAGUGUAGUGUGUUUAUACGAUCCCAGAAGUGGCACCACCACAUGGAAAACGAUACUGUGUUUUUAAUUCAACAUGGCGAAAGCAUAUGCCGCCCUUCCAGUGGAUACAUUUGACCAACUUUAAUGGUGUGUAUAGUUGUGCAUUUAGACAAGAUGAUCGAAAGUUGAUAUUGUUCCUGUGAUCCUGUCUGACUAUUUUUACACCACUGCCAGUGAGUGGAGCUACAGUAAAUGCGGCAAUAUACGGCGCGCAGGGAACCGCCAGGGAAACGAAUUGAAAGCGCGCUGGAACGUUACACAUACAAGAGCAGCAAUUCAGAAAACGGACGUAAAAUAAACCGUGUUAGUUCGUGCCAAAGCAGCGAGUUAGAGUAGCCUACGCUACGUGAGAUGGACGGACUACCGAGCUGUGAGCGCACCUCGACCGACCGCGAGUGAACAGACCGAGCCUGAAGCGGAUUGGGAUGGCAGCAUCCAGCAACUCAAGCCUGUCGGGUUCAUCAGUGUCUUCUGAUCCUGAGGAUUACCAACCGCCCAUAUGGAAGUCUUACUUGUACCGGCUCCAGCAGGAAGCUCCUCGGCCCAAGAGGAUGACCUGCCCUCAGGAGAUGGAGACCAGACCCAAAUAUUACGGCAGAGAGUUCCAUGGCAUGCUAUCGAGAGAGUGUGCAGAUGAGCUACUGGGAGGAGCAGAGGGGGCUUACCUCGUCAGAGAGAGCCAGAGACAGCCAGGGACACACACCUUGGCCUUAAGGUUUGGGGACCAGACCCUGAACUACAGACUGUUCUAUGACGGGAAGCACUUUGUGGGGGAGAAGCGCUUUGAGACGGUCCAUGACUUGGUGACGGAUGGCCUCAUCACCCUGUACAUCGAGACCAAGGCAGCAGAGUACAUCGCCAAGAUGACCACCAACCCCAUCUAUGAACACCUGGGCUACACAUCCCUGCUGAAGGACAAGAUGGGGCACCGGCUGAGCCGGGGACGCACUGAACCCCGUAAGGUCACCUUCCAGAGAGAGGACAGUAAGAGCUCAGAUCAGAUGCAGAGCCGCCCCCAUCCUGACUGUCAGUCUGUACCCUCCUGGGUCCCAGCAGGAAGGGGAACAGAGGGAGGAGGGGAGUGGAGCACAGUGGCCGUGUCCUCCUCGUUGGGCGGCUGCCGCCGGCGUCUGUUACCCAGCACUGGGCGCUACGUCCUCCAGCACACACCACACGGCUCACCAGAGGAGACAGAGGCUCUGUGGGAGCCCGGACCAGGACAGGGAGACACAGUCAGACACACGGCAGCGGCCAUGGAAGUGGAGGAAGGGAGCCGGGUUCCGGGAGGAGGGAUAGGGCCAGGAGAUGUAACGGUCCACAAGACCAAGAGAGGGGAGCGGAAGAGGCAGGAGCUACUGGCCUUAGCCCUGAGGGUCAAGUUGGGGAGCAGGGGAACGUUACUCUGGAAGCCUCUAAAACUGUUGGCUUCCUGUCCACAGAUCACCACUUCUCCUCUGGUACGGCACAGCACCUUGAAAGACUGCCCCUCCGAGAAGCAGAGCUCCUACGACAAGAUCCACAACUUCAAGGUUCAUACUUUCCGAGGGCCUCACUGGUGCGAGUAUUGUGCCAACUUCAUGUGGGGCCUCAUAGCCCAAGGGGUCCACUGCUCAGACUGUGGGCUGAACGUACACAAGCAGUGUUCCAAGCUGGUGCCCAGCGACUGUCAGCCAGACCUGCGCAGGAUUAAGAAGGUGUUCAGCUGUGACCUCACUACCCUGGUCAAGGCCCACAACACCACACGGCCCAUGGUGGUGGACAUGUGUAUCAAGGAGAUAGAGCUACGAGGUCUGCAGUCUGAGGGCCUCUACAGAGUGUCUGGCUUCUCAGAACACAUUGAGGACGUGAGGCUCGCCUUUGACCGAGAUGGCGAGAAGGCAGACAUCAGUGCCAAUGUGUACAACGACAUCAACAUCAUCGCUGGAGCUCUGAAGCUCUAUCUGAGAGACCUGCCCAUUCCAGUCAUCACAUUCCACGUGUACUCCAGAUUCAUACAAGCUGCAAAAAUUCCCAACCCAGACACCAGACUGGAGGCCAUCCACGAGGGGCUGCUGCAGCUCCCGCCAGCCCACUACGAGACCCUACGCUACCUGAUGAUGCAUCUCAAGAAGGUCACCAUGUGUGAAAAGGACAAUUUCAUGAAUUCUGAGAACCUGGGGAUUGUGUUUGGUCCGACGUUAAUGCAGCCGCCUGAACAGAACGCCCUGGCCACUCUGAACGACAUGAGGCAUCAGAAACUCAUCAUACAGCUCCUGAUAGAGAAUGAAGACGUCUUGUUUUGAAGGACUGGAGCCCUGUCUGUUGCUGGGCAGGAAGGGCAGGAGCCCUGUCUGUUGCUGGGCAGGAAUAGGAUGUUUGAUUUAUUCCAUACCAGAGGAAUCUCAAGCCAUCAUGUCUGUCAUCAUAUGAAGUGUCAAAAUUCCCAAAUGUUUCUAUUGUGGUCAGAUUUGAGCUUCCAUUGCUUCUCUCCCAUAAGCAUGACUGUAUCAGUUGAAGUUGAGUCUGUGGUACGUCAGUCAGACAUCAUGUCGUGUAAGGUCAAAGGUUGUCACAUUCUGCCAUAUUCACCUUAGGAGGAACAAGGUAUUGGAUAUGUCCCAAAUGGCACCCUGUUGUCAUUACUUCUGAACAGGCCCCAUAGGGCUCUGGUUAACAGUAGUGUGCACUAUAUAGUGAGUAGGGUGCCAUUUUAGAAAAAGCCAUUGAUUCCAGCAUUUCCACACACCUUUCAUGGCGUCAAGUAGCCUAGGGGUUAGUGUUGGGCCAGUAAACGAAGGUCGCUGGUUUGAAUACCCGAGCCGACAAGGUUAAAAAUCAGUCAAUGUGCCUUUGAGCAAGGUACUUAACCCUAAUUUGCUCCAGGGUCACUGUACUACCAUGGCUGACCCUGUAAAACAACACAUUUCACUGCCCCUUUCCGGUGUCUGUGACAAUAAAAACAUGUUUCCAUAAAUCUAGCAUCAUCACACUAACACAUUCUUCCUGGUUGAUGUCUGUCUGUAUAGUGAUUGUCUGCUCAAGUGUGUUUGUUGUGUGCUUAUUGGUUAAUGAGUCUCAUGACUCAGAGACUCUAUUGACUCAUUAACUGUGUGAUCCUGUAGGGUGAGAUAUGGAUGGAUGGUCUAUGUAUGAAGCACUGUGCUGAUCAAUUUAUUUGGUGAAGAUUUCUUUAUGCAAACGUUUUCAGCAUCAUGUGUUUUUUUUUUCCAUGAAGCUGAUAGGUUAUCAAGGAUCUGCGAUGUGUUCCAUUGUCAAAAUACAACAAAACCCUAAAGGAAUUGGUAAACAGAGCAGGUUAAACUUGUAAGGAAAUGCUUAGAAACAUAUUUUGAGUGGCACUGUUGAAGUUCCAUCUGCAACUGUUUUCUGGUACUAGAAAAAGAGGCUGAGUUAUAGUAUAUAGUUUGGGUGAAAUGUGUCUGAGCCUAAAUGUUUACAGAAAACUUUUGAAUCAAACUUCCCAUUCUUAUAAAUUGACACAUGGAAUGGGUAAAUUAAUUAAUAUAAUAUAUAUAUAUAUAUUCAUACUUUAGUGGAAUACCAUGGGGUUAUAUAUAUAUAUUACACACACUGAACAAAAAUAUAAACACAGCAUACAACAAUUUCAACAGAAUUUACUGAGUUACAGUGCAAAUAAGGAAAUCAGUCGAAAUAAAUGAAUUAGGCCCUUAUCUAUGGAUUUCAUAGGACAGGGGCACACCUAUGGGCAGGGGCGCACCCAUGGGUAGGCCUGGGAGGACAUAGGCCCACCCACUUGGGAGCCAGGCCCAGCCAAUCAGAAUUAGUUUUUUCCCCACAAAAGGGCUUUAAUACAGACAGAAAGACUCCUCAGUUUCAUCAGCUGUCCGGGUGGCUGGUCGCAUGUGGAGGUCCUGGGCUGGCAUGGUUACAUGUGGUUGUGAGGCCGGUUGGACAUACUGCCAAAUUCUCAAAAAUUAUGCCGGCUUAUGGUAGAGAAAUGAACAUUCAAUUCUCUGGUGGACAUUCCUGCAGUCAGCUUGACAAUUGCACGCUCCCUCAAAACUUGAGACAUCUGUGGCAUUGUGCUGUGACAAAACUGCACAUUUUAGAGUGAACUGUUAUUGUCCCCAGCACAAGGUACACCUGUGUAAUGAUCAUGCUGUUUAAUCAGCUUCUUGAUAUGCCACACCUGUCUGGUGGAUGGAUUAUCCUGGCAAAGGAAAAAACUCACAGGGAUGUAAAUACAUUUGUGCACAACAUAUUAGACAAAUAAUCUUUUGUGUGCAUGGAACAUUUCUGGGACCUUAUUUCAGCUCAUGAAACAUGGGACCAACUCUUUACAUGUUGCGUUUAUAUUUUUGUUCAGUAGACUGCCAAACAUCUAGUCUUGGUAAGGACUUGACCUCGUAGUGUUCUGCCACUAUUUGACACAUACUAAAGUCAGGAAACAUGAUGUCUAAAUGUUCAGCCUAUAAAACUGCCUGGAGCAGCUAUAGGUGUUGUGGAGACCACCUUCUCCAAACAACAACAUCAUGGCGACGGAGUUUACACAUUCUCUGUUGUUUUCCAUUAUUGAUCAUUGAAAUCCUUUCUACGAAUCCAUUUUAUUAAAAGUAUUUUUGUGAUGGGUGCAAUUAAGAUUGUAAUUUAUCAAAUGCUGAUUUAUUAAAAGGAUGUAAAAUGA